CUUGUAUAGUGAAAAAUGUGGUUUAUCAAGCUCGUGUUUUCUUGUGCGCUCGUGAUUGCGUUGUCCCGAGCCGAGCAGGAUGUACAAUUGGAGAUUCCUCAGGGAUUUCUCAAGGGCCGGAAAACCCACACCGUUCUGCAGAACAAACAGUACUACAGCUUUAAAGGGAUACCCUACGCGAAACCCAAUGUCGGUCGUAAUAAAUUCCAGAUGCCGGAGCCGGCCGACAACUGGGAAGGCACGUACGAUGCGACUUACCAUCGCUCAUCUUGCCCUUACUUCUGUAUGCUAGAGCAAGAAAUGAAGGGCAAUGAAGAUUGCCUCUACAUCAACGUUUACACCUCGGUGUUGGAUAAAGAGGCUCGUAAAGCCGUGAUGGUAUGGUUCCACGGUGGUAGCUUUAACGGCGGUUUCGGUGACGACCUGUUCUACGGGCCCGAUUUUUUGGUCGAGAAGAAUGUCGUCUUAGUGACGCUCAAUUACAGACUCGGCCCGAUCGGAUUCUUAAAUACCGGCGAUCAGAAUGCGCCUGGCAACGCCGGCCUGAAGGAUCAGGUAAUGGCGCUGAAAUGGGUAAAGGAUAACAUACAUUACUUCGGCGGUUGUCCCAAUCGCGUUACAAUCUUCGGCGAGGACGCCGGUGCGAGUUCCGUCCAAUUUCACAUGAUGUCCCCGAUGUCCGAUGGUUUGUUCAAUGCUGCCAUCCUGCAGAGUGGGACCGCUGUGAGCACGUGGGCGAUGUCUUACAAAGCCAGGGAGCUGGCGUUUAAAUUGGGCGACAAGCUCGGUAUCGAAACUGACGACUCGGCCGAGCUGGUGGACAGGCUCGCGGGAUUUACUGCCAAGGAAUUGAUCGCUGCCAGCGGGGAACUGAUGAAGACCGAGAACACUAUGAACGGCCGUUUCGCCGCGUUUCUACCGUCCGUCGAGGUUGACCUAGGACAGGAGAUAUUCCUACCCGCAGAUCCCUGGACACUCCUCAAGACCGGCAAGAUCGCCGAUGUGCCGGUCAUGGCUGGAAUCACGACCGACGAGUCCGCCUUCUUCGUGCAAAUGAUGCUAGGUAAUAUCGAUCAGAUGAACGAAAAUUUUGAGGAUUUUCUACCGGACGAUUUGAACAUAACCGACGCCGCGCACAAAAACCGACUGGGCGAGAACCUGAAGAGUUUUUACUUCGGAGAUAAGUCGAUCUCCACAGAAACCACGAAAGAGUUCAUGAUGAUGCUGGACGAUGUCAUGUUUGACGCCGCGGCUGCGCUUACCUUGGAGGUAUUAAGCACCCGAAUUUCGGCACCAAUUUACGAGUACAUAUUCUCUUACGAAGCUCCAUUCGGUAUGAUGAAAAAUUUGUACCACGUGGAUGACGGCGUUGCCCACGGUGACGAAAUGACUUAUGAAUUCUAUUCGGAUAUGCUGAAAAACAUACCGCAACCCGGCUCGCCCGCGGAGAGAAUGACGCAGAUUUUCACCACGUUACUGACGAAUUUCGCAAAGGACGGCAAUCCUACGUCGAAACUGGACGAGUUCGUGGACGUAAACUGGGAGCCUAGAGGCAGCGAAGACAAUUAUUUGAACAUCAAUCAAGAGCUAAAGAUGGAACAAGGCUUGCUGCAAGAUAGAAAGGACUUUUGGAUGAAUUUGUACAAAAAUAUUCUCGGUUAGGUAGACGCAAAUGCGAGAGUACAAUGUAAAUACGUUGGACCAUACCGGGCAUUUUAGCGAUAACGAUGUGCGAUUAAUCAUACGAUGUCAUAAUAUACCUACAAUAUCCGUAACGUUGUAAAGAUUGUGCAAGUAUACCCAAAUAAACUUCAUUAACUGAAA